AUGGUGCUGUACAACUUCAAGAAGCUCACCGUAGUGCCCUCUGGCCCGGCCCUGGUCGACAAUGUCCUCUCCAAGACGCAGCGCAAGACCCCGACCGUCACACACAAGGGCUACUCCAUCGGCCGCAUCCGCGACUUCUACAUGCGCAAGGUCAAGUUUUCCCAGCAAAUGUUCCACGACAAGCUCACCCAAAUCCUCACCGACUUUCCCAACUUUGACGACUUGCACCCCUUCUACGCGGACCUUCUCAAUGUCCUCUACAGCCGCGAUCACUACAAGCUUGCCCUCGGCCAGUUGGCCACCGCACGCUCCCUCAUCGACGGUAUCGCCAAGGACUACGUCCGCCUCCUGAAGUAUGCAGACUCGCUGUAUCGCUGCAAGUGUCUCAAGCGCGCCGCCUUGGGGAGGAUGUGUACCCUCAUUUCACGCCACAAGAAGAACCUCGCCUUUCUCGAACAGGUGCGCCAGCAUCUCGCCCGCCUUCCGUCUAUUGACCCUGCCACCCGUACGCUGCUCAUAGCCGGCUUUCCAAACGUUGGUAAGAGCUCGUUCAUCAAUAAGAUCACACGCGCGGAUGUCGAAGUACAGCCUUACGCUUUCACCACCAAGUCGCUCUUCGUCGGACAUUGCGACUACAACUACUUGCGCUGGCAAGUUAUCGACACCCCAGGCAUCCUUGACCAUGAAUUGGAAGCUCGGAACAUUAUCGAACUGCAAAGCAUCACCGCACUGGCACAUCUCCGCGCUUGCGUCUUGUUUUUUGUUGAUCCUAGCGAGCAAUGCGGUUAUUCUCUCGAGAAGCAGCACUCGCUUUUCAAAAGCAUCAUGCCGCUUUUCGCAAACAAGCCGGUCAUCGUCGUCACCACCAAGACGGAUCUUGGAUGGGAGGAACAGCUUGACGAAUCUGCUCGCGCUAUGCUUGAAUCCUUUGUCUCUGAUUCUGGCGGGAGGGCCGAAAUGAUGAAGAUAUCGGCCCAUGAGGAAGUCGGCGUCACGGAAGUUAAGAACAGGGCAUGUGACAGGUUGCUUGCUGCUCGAGUUGAGGCAAAGGUACGCGGAAAGAAAGUUCAGAAUGUCCUCAACAGGCUGCAUCUGGCCACCCCGAAAGUGCAGAAUGCCAGCCGCACACCCAACAUACCUGCGUCAGUUCUUGCCAAACGCAAGGCGGCGGCGCAGAUUGCCGAAAGCGAUGACGAAGAUGAAAUGAUGACGGGCGACAACGACGACACCGCGAAGCAGCUCGAGAAGGAUCUUCAGGAGGAGAACGGCGGUGCCGGGGUAUACUCUAUGGACUGGCGAAAACUGUACCAGCUGCAAAAGAAGGACUGGGCCUAUGAUGUUAUGCCUGAGAUUGUCGAUGGCAAGAACAUUGCAGACUUCGUUGAUCCCGAUAUUGAGUCUAAACUACACCGACUCGAGCUGGAAGAAGACGCUCGUGAAGCUGUUCGAGAUGUGCAGAACGAUGCCGAAGUCGGGGGAUACAGACUUGUCACGGAGGAAGAGAUGAAGAAGGUUAAGCAGAUCAAGGGCAAGAAGGUAAUGAUCAUGGCUGAAUCAUCAAGAGAGAAGUCUGCGCACAAACAUCGCAGUGCAAUCCAGAGGAACAAGAUUCCGAUGAGGCGUUCUCGACUCCAAGGGCAUUUAGAGGGCUUGGGUCUCAGGACAGAAGAGGCAAGCGAACUUGUCGACCGCGCCGCGAGCCGAACAGGGAAGAAACGAUCACGGUCGGAAAGCGUUGGCCACUCUGUGGCAAGAUCUGAGAGCCGGGGAAGAUCGAAGUCGAGAUCCCGGUCGGUCAGUCUGGCACCUUCAGAUGGAUUCUCGAACGUCAAGCAAAAGGCGAAGGCUCAGGAAAUGGAACGCAAGCGAAUCAAGACAGGCGUUGCCAAAUAUUCGAAGAAGGGCAUCGCGGAUCGAAGCAUUCACACGAAAAUGCCGAAGCAUUUGUUCAGUGGAAAGCGAGGCAUUGGCAAGACAGACUGGAGAUAGUUGUUAUAUUCAGCUGGUCUACAUAUUCGCUAGUAGUUACUCUCACUCUACUUUCUUUCUGUAAAGCAAUCUCAAUAGAAAGGAAACUGAGCACAAGUGUUUUCCUUUUUGUGUGUGAUUU